CCCGGUUGCCCACAGUAUUCCGGGCAAAGGCUACCACAAGCCGUCCAGAUCGCGUUUGGAUCGGGACAGGUGCAUCGCUGGGGAUUUACUGCCAAUGAUAAAAUCACCGGACGACAACAACGCUGUUCAUCUGGACAAUCAGCAUCAGUCGCGCAGGACCUUCCACCAACAUCUAAUGUCACGGCAGGGCAAACUGUAGAGACCUUUGAUAUUAUUAGUCCUUUUUCGUCUGUGUUGGCUGACUCGGACAUUGUCGUAAUCGACUCCACUGUUGUCUGUUCAGACUUUUCCGUGAAGUCAGGACAUUCGUCGAACCGCACACAGUCGGAGUUUCUCCAAUCUGUUGAAUUCAGGAACACCAGGCCUUAA